AUGCAUCGACCCGGCAGACUGACCUUAUGGUUGCUAGCCACCUGUCUGGUGGUUUCAGCCUUGCCGAAGGCGCUACAUUCCCGGCGACCGUCGGCAUCUAAUGCCUUCCACCGUCUGGGUAGUUUUUUGCAAUCAAAGGCACACAAUCACGAGCCAACUGGUGACAAGAACGGAGAAGGGGAUGAAAUCGCGGAGAUGCGGAAACUGGGUGCCGAAGCUGAAGCGGAAGACCAUAAACGAAAAGGCGCGGCUGAAGUCGUGGACUCUCAGAGAAAGCAAGAGAUUGCGGACGACAUGACAAGCCGGAUCGAGAAGAUGCGUGAGGGCGCCAAGCGCAUGCAAGAGGAUGCCAAACAGCACGCUGGCGAGGUCAAGAGCGCUGCUGUUGAUACUUCAGUGGCCACUGCUUCCAUCCCGAAAGACCAGGCGGGGAACAUAAUCAUUACCAAUCAAACGCAUGAUUACCCACGGAAACCUCAAGAUCAGGUCGACCCUAUGAAGGCGCUGAAAACGGCGACGGAGAACCUUUAUCAACGAGCACGACAUAAAAAUCUCCCGGUCACCGAACCUGGUGAACUGAAUACUCCAGAACAGAUCUACCAAGCUCUAAAUCGCCUCGAAUAUAUAGUGGACGGCUACAGGCAUGCCCAGCUGGAGUCGCCCAAUCCCGAUCUUAACAUCACCGACGAACCUGCCAAGUCUCCAUACGCUGAAGAUGACGAAUCAGCAAAUGCAGAAGAUGGUGCUGCAGCCGAAGAGUCUGCCGCUGAUGACGCCAGGUUCAUGCAGACCACUGGCAGGACCGCCCACACGUCCCACGACGAUUACGAGGAUGAGGACGAUGAAGGUGACGGAGAUCAUGAAGACGGUGAGGAUGACGACAGCGAAAAGAAUGGGGAAGAAUGGCAGGACAACGAGGAUGAUGAAGAGGGGGACAGCAACGACAAGAAAUCUGAUGCCAAGGAGAAAAAGAUGUCCCCUGAGGAGGCUCUGGACACACUGGGCAAGACAAUCGCGGAUCUCGUAGAGACGUUGAACGCCGUUGUGGCCUCCCACACUGGCGUCAGCAACGUCCUAAUUCAGCACAGCCCCAACAAACACCACGAGAGUUAG